AUGACCUUAUACGAUUCAAAAAUUAGGCUACAUUUCGACACACCCGAUCAGGACCGCUUCACCGUGCCUCUGCAGCUCAACCUACCCACAGACGCACCCCGGGAUCCUAAAUAUCGGUUUGAAGUCACUAGCAAUGACACCUUCAGUUUUCAGAUCGUCAGACGGUCGAGUGGCGCUGUUCUGUUUGACACCAGCGUUGGAGGUUUUGUGUUCGACAACCAGUUCCUACAGCUCUCCACACGUCUACCCACCCCAAACGUGUACGGAAUAGGAGAGAAUAUCCACCAAACUUUCCGUCGAAACCUGGAGUACCACACCUACCCUAUGUUUGGACGGGAUCAGCCGACUAAGACAGACGAUACCUUAACGCACUAUUACAACCACUAUGGCGUACACCCAUUCUACACGUGUGUGGAAAAGGAUGGAAGUACCCAUGGAGUGUUAAUACUAAACAGCAGUCCUCAAGACUACACCUUCACACCUCUACCCAUGCUGACGUACAGAACCAUCGGCGGUGUCCUCGACUUCUACGUCUUUCUGGGGCCGAACACUGAGAACGUAGUGCAGCAGUACACGGCGGUCAUAGGUCGGCCCUACAUGCCCCCCUACUGGGCCCUGGGCUUCCAACUCUGUAAGUACGGCUACAACUCACUCGAGAACCUCAAGAUCGCCGUGGACAGGACCAGGGAGGCUGGCAUCCCUCACGAUGUGCAAUAUGUAGACAUUGAUCACAUGUCCGAGCGGCGAGACUUCACCAUAGACAACACAAGUUUCGCAGGCCUGCCCCAGUACUUUGAUGACCUCAGAAAAGGGGGCAUGCGGACGAUAAUCAUCUUGGAUCCAGCUCUGAUCAGCAACAACACCGACUACGAACCCUACUUACGCUUUAAGGCGGUGGAUGGAUUCAUCAAGUGGCCCAGCGACAGCAACUACACCUACCCUGCUGACUCUUCUGACGACGGCGCCAUCCAAGGCUAUGUGUGGCCUCAGGGCAAAACAGUUUAUCCUGACUUCUUCAGACCGGAGACUCAGCGUGUGUGGCAGGAGCUUAUUGUUGAGCAUCGAGAAAGAAUCGCAUUUGACGGCCUGUGGAUUGACAUGAACGAGCCUGCUGCGUUUGGAACUAACGAUGAAAGGCCCUUCAACUGGCCGGAGGACGUCCGCCAUACUGGUCCCUCAAGUGUCCAGUCAGUAAACUCGAUGAUCCACCUUAUCGAACAGCCGCAGCCUACAGCUACGACACAGCAGCACGGCGAGGCCGCUUACACCCCCACCCUACGAGCCCUGCGGACAGCGACAGGUGAGAGAGGCAUCGUGGUGUCCAGGUCCACCUUUGUGGGCAGUGGCCGGUACGCCGCGCACUGGCUGGGAGACAACAUGAGCAGCUGGAACGACCUGAGAGCCAGUGUCGUGGGUAUCCAAGAAUUCAACCUCUUUGGAAUCCCAUUCACAGGUGCGGACAUCUGCGGCCAUUUUGACUCGGUCACCACAGAGCUGUGCAAGAGGUGGAUGCAACUGGGCGCCUUCUACACCUUCUCCAGAAACCACAACGCCGUCGGCAACAGGGACCAAGAUCCGGGCAGCUUUGACGAGGAGACCUCGCGCGUCUCGCGAGAAGCCAUGGAGACCCGCUAUUGGCUGUUGCCUUACGUCUACACGCUCUUCCACAAAGCGCACACGGAGGGGGGAACAGUCAUCCGGCCUCUUCACCACGAAUACCCAACAGACCAAAGAGCUCUUGAGAACAGUCGUCAAUUCCUGUGGGGGUCGGCUCUCCUCAUCUCACCAGUGCUAGACCCUAACGUGACGUCUCUCACGUACUACGUUCCUCCAGGCCGGUGGUACGACUACUACACCGGAGAGGAGGUGACCUCCGAAGGUGGGUAUGACCGGACCGUACCUGUAAAAUCGGACUCGAGGACAGAGCUGUUGUUGAGUGGAGGCUCCAUACUCCCCCUGCAGGCUCCAGCCCGAAAUACUACUUUCAGUCGCAAGAACCCGUUCACUCUGCUGGUUGCCCUUGACAACACGAAUGAUACCGUGAAAGCCAAGGCGAACUGUUCUGGGAUGACGGCAGUCUCAGUCGACACUUUUGAAACCGGUAACUAUUACAAAGCAGAGUAUCUGGCCACAGAGUACUCCGUCAGUGUACAGAUAGUACAGAACAACAUUCCUCAAACUACAGACCUUGUGUUCGAAGAAAUCAAGAUCCUUGGGGUCAAACCUCACGUGCAGUCAGUCGACAUCGUUUUCCAGCCUUCGACAGCCAUCAAUCCAUUCUCCUACUCUUGGCAAUAUGUCAAUAAGACACAGACACUGCUGAUUCAACUGACAUCUAUUCCUCUUCCUCUCUCAGCAUCGUUUUCUGUCCAAUGGAGAUCCAUCUCUGACGAAGACUUCGCUCGGGUGGACUGCUGGCCGGAGCGCCAGGGUAGGGUGGAUGUACCCAGCGUUGCUUCCUGUGAGCGCAGAAACUGUGUGUGGCAGCCACAUUGGCAUGACAAGAUUCCUGACUGCUUCUUCCCCAAAACCAACUUUGGAUACAGCUUUGACACGAGUGUUGGAGGCCUGGUGCUUGAGGAUCAGUUCCUGCAGCUCUCCACCCGUCUGCCAACCAGCAAUAUUUACGGCAUCGGGGAAAACGUUCAUUCUACCUUCAAACACUUGUGGUACGACACCUACCCUCUGUUUGGUCGCGACCAGCCACGAAAUCAUUUCAACCACUACGGCGUGCACCCGUUCUACACGUGCGUUGAGGACGACGGCAACACCCACGGGGUGCUCUUGCUGAACAGCGAUCCCCAAGACUACACCUUCACACCUCUACCCAUGCUGACGUACAGAACCAUCGGCGGUGUCCUCGACUUCUACGUCUUUCUGGGGCCGACACCUGAGAACGUAGUGCAGCAGUACACGGCGGCCAUAGGUCGACCUUUCAUGCCCCCUUACUGGGCCCUGGGCUUCCAGCUGUGUAAGUACGGCUACAACUCGCUCGAGAACCUCAAGAUCGCCGUGGACCGGACCAGGGAGGCUGGCAUCCCUCACGACGUGCAGUACGCGGACAUCGAUCACAUGUCGGAGCGGCGAGACUUCACCAUCGACAACAGCAGCUUCGCCGGCCUUACCGACUACUUCCGUCAACUCAGGGACGGCGGCAUGCGCACCAUCAUCAUCCUGGAUCCAGCUUUGGUGAGCAACUAUACCAACUACGAACCCUACGAGAGGAUGAAGGCUGUCAAUGGGUUUAUCAUGUGGCCCAACGACACCAACUACAUCCAUCCAGCAGACUCCGACGACGACGGCGCCAUUCUAGGCUAUGUGUGGCCGCAAGGAAAGACAGUCUUCCCGGACUUCUUCAAGACCCAGGUGCAGGAUGUGUGGCAGACACUGAUUACAGAACACCGUCGGCGUAUUGACUUCGACGGCCUGUGGAUUGACAUGAACGAGCCAGCGGUGUUUGGGACCAACGAUGAAAGGCCUUUCAACUGGCCGGAGGACGUCCGCCCAUACUGGUCCCUCAAGUGUCCAGUCAGUAAACUCGAUGAUCCACCUUACAGAACAGCGGCGGCGUACAGCUACGACACCCCCAUUCGGAGUGCUCGUCUGUCCGACAAGACCCUGUGUCUGACCUCAGUCCAGGGUCAGCAGAAUCAGUAUCGCCACUACGACGUGCACAACCUGUACGGCUGGUCACAGACGCCGUCCACUCUACGAGGUCUGAGGGCUGCUAUCGGCAACCGAGGCAUCGUAGUGACCAGGUCCACCUUCGUGGGCAGCAACCAGUAUGCCGGACACUGGCUGGGAGACAAUUUCAGUGGCUGGGACGACCUACGAGCGUCCAUAAUUGGUAUUCAAGAGUUUAACCUGUUUGGCUUCACCUACACCGGAGCCGACAUCUGCGGCCACUUCGACACGGCCAGUGCCGAGCUGUGCAAACGAUGGAUGCAGCUGGGUGCCUUCUACACCUUCUCCAGAAACCACAAUGCUAUUGGCAACAGGGAUCAAGAUCCGGGUAACUUUGAUGAAGAGGUGAAGCGCUUAUCACGUGAGGCUAUGGAGACGCGCUAUUGGCUGUUGCCGUACCUCUACACCCUCAUGCACCAGGCGCACGUGUAUGGAGGCACUGUCAUACGGCCACUGCAUCAUGAGUUCCCCACUGACCUGGUCGCCCUCAACAUUAACUCACAGUUCCUGUGGGGGGCUGCGCUGCUGAUUUCGCCCAUCAUCUAUCCUAAUGCUACGGAAUUAAUUUACUACAUUCCUCAAGGCCGUUGGUACGACUUCUACACGGGUUCAGUGAUUACUAAUGAAGGAAAGCUGCAACAAAACAUAUCGGUGAGGUCCGACAGUCCAGUCCAGCUUAGUGUUCGUGGCGGCUUCAUCAUUCCCAUGCAGGAGCCAGCAAGGAACACCACUUACAGCCGGCGAAACCACUGAAGCUUCUGGUGGCGCUGAGUAACGAUGACACAAGUAGAGGAGUGGCAGACGGGACCCUCUUCUGGGACGACGGUCUCUCAAUAGACACAUAUGAGAACGGCAAUUACUUCGAGGCAUCAUUCAGGGCAGAAUCUCAAAGCGUGCGAAUGACUGUACUACAUAACCACGGAGUGCAGGAAGUGGAGAACCUGGUUUACAACACCGUGGAGGUAUGGGGUGUGCCUUCUCAGGUGCGCCAAGUCAGAAUCAACAGCGUUGUCCAGCCAGAAUCUGCCUUUACCUACGAUGCCGUAAAUAAGGUUCUUCGAGUGCACCGGUCAAUCCCAUUUAAUGCGGCCUUUAUUAUCUCUUGGCAAUAAAGGACACACGACUCAGUAGCGUGCUCUCACUUCACUCCCUACCCUGCUUCAACAUCACACUGCAACUCUUCUGCGAGUAGCUCUCGUUUCGUUUUGCAUCAAUAUUUUGGUUAUUUUAUAAGAAGUCUGCGCAAAUGAUUUGAGGAAAUAAACCGUACGAAUUGUU